UCACCAAGUUGCGAGUGGAUACAGGAGUGAAGAGGCGCGGAAACCAGGAAGGGGAACCGGAGGCUUGGCUGUGGCGAAGGGCGUUUGAAUUUUCGGAGUUUUGAAAUUUGGCCGGCCGGUGAUUCUACAGGAAGUUCGCGACGCACUGUUUUUACCGUUCAACUACAAGGGGAAGUAUUCUUGAAGCUAUUCUGAGGCAAUCGCCUGACAUUCGAGCGUCCUAGGACGUUUAUUCCUUCUCGUGGAAAUCAUGGACGACGAGGAGGUACCGAGUUUCUCUAGUCCGGAGGAAGAGAUCAAGUACUGGAAAGAUCUAGCGUUGGAAUUAAGACAAAGUGUGAAAGAUGCAAGGGACGAACUUGAUGAAUUCCAGGAGGAAAGUAGAGAGCUGGAGGCUGAGUUGGAAGCACAACUGGAACAGGUAGAGGGGAAGAACAGAGACCUGCAGAACUCCUGUCAACGACUACAGAUGGAAGUAGAGUCAUUAAAGGAAAAGCUGGAAAUCUGUCAGAGAGAAAGUCACCAGCAGAUCACACAGUUACAGGACGAUCUGGCACAGACGGUGGGGAUGAAGGAAGAAAUGGCCAAGUACAUACGGGAGCUGGAACAGAUCAAUGACGAUCUGGAGAGAGCCAAAAGAGCAACUGUUGUAUCUCUAGAGGAAUUCGAUGGAAGAUUAAAUCAGGCAAUUGAGAGAAAUGCCUUUCUUGAAAGUGAACUUGAAGAGAAGGAUCAGCUAAUGGAGACAAUACAAAGGCUAAAGGAUGAAGCCAGAGACUUGAGGCUGGAGCUCAACGUACGACCAUCACCACUAUCAACCAGUAAAGAACAAGCAGGGGAAGAUAAGGAUGAGGAGAAACCAGACAACGAUAAAGUAGAGAGGAGAAGCAGACCAACUCCCAUCAGUAUGCCAGAUAACAGAGCAGUAUUGGAGAAGGGCAUCAGUACAACGCCUCCAGUUGGCACGCCACCUCCACAUAGAGGAAGCUUUUCCCAGAUGAACGGUGCUGCUUCAGGUAGCACGCCACUCACGCCGUCCGCUCGCAUUUCAGCUCUAAACAUCGUAGGAGACCUGCUCAGGAAAGUAGGGGCACUGGAAUCCAAGUUGGCCUCAUGUAGAAAUUUUGUGAAAGAGCAGCCAGGAAGGAGUAGUGGUAGCAAGGGGCCAAAUUCACCCAGCGUACAUGCAUGGAAAUCCUCCAGGCAUUCGUCUCUGCAUGUCAGACUGGCACUAGCAGGGCCAAGCGACUGAACCGAGGGUCAGUGUCGUCCCCGAACUCACAGGGCCUGGUGAAGAUCACAGUGUGACGCAAGACACAGUCACCGACCCGAAGAAUUUCUACCAAAUAGCUUUCUAGCCGUUUUCUUACUUACAUUAAUUUAACACAGGCCUGGGUUCCAAUGCUUUUAUGACUUUGUAACAAGUUAUAUCCUUUAGCAGAAUGUCUCCAGUGGUCAUCUGUGCCUAUUACUGGUACUACACACAAUAAAGCAAAGUAUUUCUUUCAAAAUGCCUACCCUGUGCCAGCUUUUCAAUAGGUAGACAGAUGGUCCUUACUUCUAUCAGUUGCCAGGAGAAAAGUCAGCAUUAAAAUAGUUGAGCUCCCAUCACAAUGGUAAAAGCUAUUGCCUAAUCUGGGUGAUGUAAAUGCAAGAAGCCCUGCCAAGGCAAGAGUGCCCUAAACUUGUCAAUGUGCCAUUCAGCAGUUAGGCUAUUAUUAUACAUUUCUCUGAUUUGUGAGGGUGGACUACAACUGCAUGAACCCAAAGAUUGGAGGGAACGUGCAGCAUUGCUUUGUAACACUAAUUAAGCCAGGUUUAUAUGAAGAAGCCCAUCUGGCAUUUAGAAGUUCAAGACAUUCAAAUUCGCAUCCUAAGAGCUGUCUUCAAAGGUCUUUCUUUCGGAAAAAUUACAAGGAAAGUUUUCUCUAAAUGUUACAUGGUUCUAUUCCUCAUAAAGCAUAUAUAGGUAGCAUACUGUUCUUGCCAAAAAAAAUAGGCACUUAUGACUAGUUUGACCCAAAGCACCAUCUGGUAUGUAUCAAGGCUGAUGUAGUCAUACCCCAUAUUGAUCUGGGCAGCCAGAUGGCUAACAAGUCGUAUAUUGUAGACCAAGCAUUUACACUAUGUGAAAACCCCAAUAACAUGUCAAGUACUUGCAUGUUUGGAGAGCAUUUCAGUUUGUAGUAGCUGGACUGGAAAGGAAAAAAGGCAGAUGGCCCACAUGACCAAAUAUGACCUGUAUUUUAUUUAACAAAAUUGCUAGAACUUCAAGAAGAAAGAAA